AAGAGGGAGGUAGAAAGAGACCAGGGGAGGGAACGAAACGAGAUCGAUAAGGAGAGUCUGAGACUGAGGCGGAGAAGAGAGGCGGUGGUCAGGUCGGGCACCCAGCGAGGACCGAGUAACUGCGAUUGGAGAGGGCAGAAGAACCCAAGGAUGGCAGCGACAGACCGGACAGGGCCAGGCUCCAGCCCCCCGACCCCCGCCUCCAUCCCGGAGCUGAUUAGGAAGAAGCGAGAUGGGGAUCGCCUGGAGGAUGCUGAGAUUCGGAGCUUUAUUCAGGGGGUGACAGAGGGGACAGUGCAGGAGGCGCAAAUAGGUGCCAUGCUCAUGGCUAUCCGGUUGCGAGGGAUGGACCUGGGCGAGACAGAGAUUCUGACCCGAGCCCUGGCCGAGUCUGGGCAGCAGCUUCAGUGGCCCGAGGCCUGGGGACGGCUGCUGGUGGACAAGCAUUCAACAGGGGGUGUGGGGGACAAAGUCAGCCUGGUCUUGGCGCCUGCUCUGGCCGCCUGCGGCUGCAAGGUGCCGAUGAUCAGCGGCCGGGGACUGGGACACACCGGGGGCACGCUGGACAAGCUGGAAUCCAUCCCAGGCUUCUCGGUGGUACAAAGUCCAGAGCAGAUGCGGGAGCUGCUGGAGCAUGCAGGCUGCUGCAUUGUGGGGCAGAGUCAGGAGCUGGUCCCUGCAGACAAAGUCCUCUAUGCCAUCCGGGAUGUGACUGCCACAGUGGACAGCCUCCCCCUCAUCACAGCCUCCAUCCUCAGUAAGAAGGCUGUGGAACAACUCUCGACCCUGGUGGUGGAUGUGAAAUUUGGAGAAGCAGCCAUCUUCCCAAGCCAAGAAAGAGCUCGGGAGCUAGCCCACGCCCUGGUGGGCGUGGGGGCCCGCCUGGGGGUCCGGGUGGCGGCCGCACUGACGACCAUGGACAGCCCUCUGGGCCGCUGCGUGGGCCACGGCCUUGAAGUGGAGGAGGCCUUACAGUGCCUGGAGGGAGGAGGUCCCCCGGACUUACAGGACCUUGUCACCCAACUAGGAGGAUCCCUGCUGUGGCUGAAUGGCCAAGCUCCAACCUUGACCCAGGGGACGGCCCGAGUGGGAGCCACGCUGGACAACGGCUCCGCGCUGGGCCAGUUCCGGGCCAUGCUGGAGGCCCAGGGGGUGGCCCCCAAGCUGGCCCAAGCUCUGUGCUCGGGGUCUCCUGCCCAGCGCCAAGGCCUGCUCCCCACAGCCCCCACCAAGGAAGAGCUGAGAACAGCUUCAGAGGGGACAGUGGAGAAGAUCCAGGCCCUGCCGCUGGCCCAGGUUCUCCACGAGCUGGGGGCUGGCCGGAACCGAGCAGGAGAGCCCCUCCACCACGAUGUGGGGCUGGAGUUGCUGGUGAGCCUAGGACAGAGGGUCAGUGCAGGGACCCCCUGGAUCCGCGUGCACCACAAGGGCCCCGGCCUGAGUCCGAGACACCGCCAGAAGCUGCAGGAGGCCCUGACGCUGUCCGGCGGGGAGCCCUUCGUGCCGGACCCCUGCUUUCGGGAGCUCAUCCUGCCCCCCUCCAUGAGGGGCUGAGGCGAGCAGAGCCCCGACUUCCAGGCCCUUUCCUUCGGGCCAGAUCUGCGUGUGUCUCUGUCCCCCCCGGGCCCCUCUCCCCGCGCCUGCCGCUGCCGCCUCCCGGGCCCCCUCGGUUGGGGAGAGGGCGUCUUCUCGGGAAUAAAGUGCCCGCUCGGGCUUGAACUCA